UGUUAUCUCUCAAAUCAACAGAGGCACAGGGACAAGCACGCUUGGAUGUUGUUGUACAAAGGGAUGACUGGAGCAAUAGUAUCCCCGGGAAAAUAGAAGAGAGAGCCUGAGCGACUGACGGCACUUUCUCAUCCAACGAUCUUAUCUGAGGACGCGUGUCCAUUGUUGUCUACGCAAGGGUCAUAGGGCAUCACAUCUCCAAGCGUGCGGUACCGGUCCCGUUAUAUUCAUCUCUAUCCUUUAAGAUUGCUAAUGGAAAUUUCAUCGUACAAGAACACGAAUCUACAUUAAAGACCUGCGUAUUUAGCGCAUACGAAAUUACUACGAAGAAAUGCCUUUGCUGAUGCUGAACUAAAAUAAGAUUUGAGAAAGGAGAAUGGACAAAUGAACAUGUUUCACUAAGAACACACUCAUUAAAGCUACAUUUUGGGGAAUUACGGUCUCGUUGAAUUCAUCAUUAAUUUUAAAGAGCAGUUAACAACCUCUGAAGUGCUGAAAAUGAUGCUGAGUCCCGAUCAGACGGAUCCUGACCUCACCUGGCCACAGCCGGACUCAGAAUGUCUGAACGUGAUGAAGGUGGACUGUGUGGCUCACGAGCCCUUCGAGGCCGAUGAUGGCAAGACGCGCGCACUCGUGCCAGCCGUGCUCACACGAGAAGAGAAGAGAAGGAGGCGGCGCGCGACUGCGAAAUACCGCUCUGCGCACGCCACGCGCGAGCGCAUCCGCGUGGAAGCGUUCAACGUGGCGUUCGCCGAGCUUAGGAAGCUGCUACCAACACUCCCACCCGACAAGAAGCUCUCAAAGAUAGAAAUACUUCGCCUGGCUAUCUGUUACAUAUCUUACCUUAACCACGUUUUGGACGUUUAAUGAACUUAGAGGACAUUCAACAGUAGGUCUAAAGCAAAAUCCUACAGGUGCAUUUGGACAAGUUUACUGAUGGAGAAGUAGCAUACCUAUUCAAGAAGGACACAAAAAAUAUUAAGAAAAAUAGGUGAUACUUUCAUUCAUUAAUAAGUCAUUAACAAAUAAAGAAUAUCUAAUGCUUAACAGAGGAGUGGUUUAUGAGCAUUCAAAAAUGACCUACUACAAUACUGUAGGUCUAUAUGAAAAUAUACUGUAUCAAAGUUUCAUGAAAUUUUGAAUGCGCAUUAACCAAUUAUCUUUUUAGCAUUGUAUAAUAGAAUUAUGUUUGUUAAUAUUAUGAGUUAUUAUAAAUUGUUACCGAAAAUAUUGUGUCGCAAUAAUGUUUGACACUGUAGCAAGAUAGAAUAAUGGAUAGCUGUUCAGACAUUAUAUAGCUAGCUCAACAUCAAAAGUACAUUUGUGGCAAUAAUUAAUGGAAUGUUUUAACUUGGGUAGGAUUGAGAAACCAUACUUUGAUUUUUAAUAUUCAUUAAUUCCCAAAUAUCAUAUCCAUUCAAACUAGUUAUCCUAAUCCAUCUAACAAUUUACAAAUAAAAUUUGGUCUGCACAAUCUGGAUGAAUAAAUCAACCAGUUUUUAUGGCAACCUUCUUGGGAAAAAAUGGAUAGGCUACUUCUGUGCUGGAACAAAUCGUAACUUGUUAGUUCUUAAUUUAUAUUUUCCUUGUUUAUUAUAUUUAUAAAGUAAAUUAAGAUAGCAUAUGUGAGUGUCUUCAAAAUAGCCUGUCUAAGGUUCGUGUAAAUAUAUAUUUAAUGUUUUAUGAUUAUUCAGAUUUUACACUGGUGUGGCAGAGUUGGGGUUUACUGUUGCUUUUCACUUGCACUUUUCAUUGGCAGUUUUUUUAGGAAUAGGAGGGCCUUCGCUGUGUAUGCACUAAGGUUUUUAUAAUAAUAGUGUUGAUGUCCUGUCCUAUAGUAAAGAGAAGCACUUCCCCGAUGUAUUGCUGUAUUGUUUAUUUCGUUUACAAAGUGCUGCAUAGAUAGCGCCUUGGGUACCUGAUGACUUGUGGCGGUUAAAAAGUACCACUAGAAUAUAUUUUGUGUUUCGGUGGAAAUGUAUUAACAUAACUAAUGUCGUAGUAAUAACUGGCAAUACAUAAUAAAGCUAGCUAUUUUUUCUCCAGGUUGUUUGCCUCCAAGUCUAAGCUACCCAUAGACGCUCUCUCUGCUGCGACCAAAAAUGACCUAAAAGUAGUUUAUUUUUUUCUUUCGCAAACUAUUUUAUAAAGAUUAUUUGUUUACGUGUUUCUUGUGAACCUCUUGAAAUUUUAUAGUGAACAAAUUAUCUCACAUCUGCCUCAUAUCCAAAGAUCACCCUGUUAAUUCAGGGGUUUUCCCGUCAUUUUGUAGUGGAAUAACCAGUAGGCUACACUGGUUUUUACCGACGCAGUUUUUUUUUUUUUUUUUUUUUUUUUUUACUAUUUUAAAUAAAUGUAAAAAAAAAAAAAAAAAAA